AUGCCGGAAGAGGCAGAGGCAGAGGUAGAGGCAGAGGAAAUGAUUCUGACGACCAAAAUAAUCAAUAUGAGUCUAGUCGCUGUCGAGGAUGCGGUCGCGGAAGAGGCCGAGGACGAGGUGCCCCUCUGCUGGGACAACCCCAGAAACAAAGGAAAAGGCGAGUCGCAGGGUGGGCCUGACGCGGCUGCUACGGAUACCACCGCGGAUGGUUCAAAAUCUGACUCGAAAGAUGGGGAGUAA